AUGGGAAAUGAAGAUGCAGAAAGAGAGGGGGAGGAAUGCUGCGCAGUGUGCAUUCGCACCAGCAGUGAGUUCUCCAGAACACCAGCACUAGCCGCUGCCAUUAACUGUGAAUUUGGCCAUUCCAACAGGGGUGAUGUGGUGCCCCUUUGUCCUUUUAGUUUGCACUUCCCUGGUGAGCUUCGGGUCCAGGAGCAUGCCGAACCUGAGACACUCUUUCCUAUGGCCCUGGAGUGCUGUGGAGAGACUGGGCUUCCUGUCAUGAGCAGUAGGGUCAAGUCCAUGAAAGGAAAGGUCACCCUCCCUGGACCCAGCUCGCCAAAAGGAAGAGCAAACGGAAUCCCAAUGCUUAGGCCUCUGAUCCGGAGCUGGGGUAGACUCCCCACCCCAGUGGCUGCACACUCUGUGAGAAGAACCAGUAAUGGAGCGAACUGCAGGCUCAAACUGGCCAACAAAGUCGCUGUGGUUACAGGGUCCACAAAUGGAAUUGGCUUCUCCAUUGCUCAACGUCUGGCCCAGGAGGGGGCCCACGUGGUCAUCAGCAGCCGGAAGCAGCAGAAUGUGGAUAGUGCAGUGGCCAUGCUGAAGAAGGAGGGGCUGCGGGUGUCAGGCACUGUGUGUCAUGUUGGGAAAGCAGAAGAUCGGGAGCGGCUGGUGGCCACGGCCCUGGAACACUGUGGAGGUGUGGACUUCCUGGUGUGUGUCGCAGGAGUUAAUCCCUUAGUGGGAGGUACCCUUAAGAGCAGUGAACAGAUCUGGGACAAGAUCCUGGGUGUGAAUGUGAAGGCCCCAGCCCUACUGCUGAGCCAGCUGAUGCCCUAUAUGGAAAACAGGGGACAAGGUUCGGUGAUCCUGGUGUCCUCAAUGGCAGCCUAUAUACCAUAUCCUAGGCUCGGGGUCUACAAUGUCAGUAAAACGGCCCUGCUGGGACUAACCAAGACUCUGGCGGUGGAGCUAGCACCAAAGAACAUCCGUGUGAACUGCAUAGUACCAGGCUACAUCAAUACAAACUUCAGCCAAGUGGUGAGGACCAAGGGCGGGGUGUCACUGUUUCAGCCUCUUCUCCUCUCUCCAUACAGAGUGGGUCAGCCUGAGGACUGUGCAGGGCUAGUGUCCUUCCUGUGCUCCCCGGAGGCCAGCUAUAUCACUGGUGAGAACAUCGCUGUAGCUGGCUGGUCCCCCCACCUCUGA